AAAUUAUCUUGUUCUAGGGUGGUUUAAAGUUUUUAUCCUUAAAUUUUAUUACUUUACACGUUUUUAGAAUACUGUAGUUCUUAUAAAUAAUUGUGCAUUAUAAUUCUUAGUUGAUAAUCUAAAACAGUGAUAUUGAAAGAACUUUAAAUAAAUGCUGUAAAGUUGAAAAAAAAAAUGUCGAAAGAAGAAUUUAAGCAAUGGAUAUGUAAUAAACUGUCUGCUUUGUUACAGUUUGAAGUUCAAAAUGAAAUGGCUGAGUAUAUUUUUUCUAUACAAACUGAAAAUGAUUUAGAUGAAUAUUGUAAUUCACUAUUGGAUCUUAAAUCUUCAGUUCAUAAACAGUUUUUAAGUGAUUUAAAGAAAAGAUUUCGCUUAUUACACCAAUCAUCAAAAAAUGAAUUUAUGCAAACUAAUAAAAAUAAAAAACAAACGAGCAUUAAAAAUCAAAAUUUAUCUACAGACUUAGGAAAAAUACCAAAAUCAAAUUUAACAAAAUCAAAGAAUAAAAAGUAUGUUAAUAUAUUUUCAAAUGAAGGCAUUAAUCGUCAGGAAAUAUUUUUAAAGGGUCGUCAUAAGUGUGACUGUCAAGCAUCAAAACAUGGUUUAAUUAAUAAUUGUUUAAGUUGUGGUAGAAUAGUAUGUAAACAAGAAGGUUCUGGUCCAUGUGUUGUUUGUAGUGAAUUGGUCUGUUCUAAUGAUGAAAAAAUUUUAUUGAAUUGUAAAAAUAAUAAAUCUAAAGAAUUGUACAACAGAUUGAUAGAGCAAACUAUUAACACCCAAGCUGAAAAUGAAGCUUUUGAACAUCGUAAUAAAUUGUUAGAGUUUGAUCGAACUAGUGCUAAACGUACAAAUGUAAUUGAUGACCAAAUGGACUAUUAUUCAGUUAACAGUGGAUGGUUGUCUUCUGAACAAAAAGAUCAAUUAAAAAAAAAAGAAAUACAAAGACAAGAAAAAAAACAUGGUUCUAGGAGAACAAAAAAAAUUACAAUUGAUUUUGCUGGGAGACAAGUAUAUGAAAAAAAGGAAUCGGAUAAUGAUGAAGAUGAAGAACUUAUGAAUGAUGGUAAAGAAACAUAUUGGGUUAAUAUUAAUGAACAGAUAACCAAUCCUCUGAUGAACUUGGAUUUAAAGUUUAAUGAAAAUUGUAUGAAAAAAAUUCAUAGAAAUAACAUAAAUUCAAUUUAUAAAAAUGAAGUGAUUAAGAGAGUUCAAGAUACAGAACUUAUGUUGAUGACAGAUCCAGGCUUAUGUAUGAGUAUGCAUCAACCAUAUGCUUCCCUUCUAUUAUUGAAUAUAAAACGUCAUGAAGGGCGAUCUUGGUAUACUUCACAUCGAGGAAGAUUAUGGAUAGCAUCAACUGCUAAGGUACCAACACCAGAAGAAAUUGAUCGUGUAGAAUUAUUUUAUAAAAAUUUAAGAGGCGAUGUUGAGUUCCCAAAGCAAUAUCCAACAAGUUGUUUAAUGGGUUGUAUAAAUAUAACUGACUGUUUAUCUCAAGAAGAAUAUAUGGAACAAUAUCCAGAAGGAGAAAAUGAAAGUCCAUUUGUAUUUAUAUGUAAAGACCCAAUCAUGAUGAUCAACAAUUUUCCUAUCAAAGGAAGUCACAAAAUAUAUAAGCUGGAUGAAAAAAUUCAUAUUGCUGCUCAAAAAUGUUUAAUUAAACAAAAUAUUUGAUCUAAAUUUUUAAAUUAUACAUGUAGUACAAUGUCUAUUAUAUAAAAAAAUUUUGGCUUAAUUUAUAAACAUUACAUAUGAAAUAAGA